CCUCGGGGUCCCCGCGGGCUGGCACUCCGGCGGCCGCGGCGCGAUGGAGGCGCCGGCCGAACUGCUGGCCGCGCUGCCCGCGCUGGCCACGGCGCUGGCGCUGCUGCUCGCCUGGCUGCUGGUGAGGCGCGGGGCGGCCGCGAGCCCGGAGCCCGCGCCCCCGGCCGAGGCCCCCGGGACCCCCGCGCCGCCCGGCCCCUGCGCCCCGGAGCCGGCGGCCGCGCCGGAGGACCCGGGGGAGCUCGAGGGCCCGGGGGAGCGCGCGGCGGCGCCGGCGGAGGCGGAGGCGGAGGCGGAGGCGGAGGAACAGGCCGCCGAGGCCAGGCAGGAAGAGGAGCAGGAGCAUGAUGGCCAGGAGGACCCACCCCGAGCAGAGCCUGAGGAGGAAGAUGGGGGAGAGGUCUUCUCCUUUAAAUACAGCCCCGGGAAGCUGCGGGGAAACCAGUACAAGAAGAUGAUGACCAAAGAGGAGCUGGAGGAAGAACAGAGAGUGCAGAAGGAGCAGCUGGAGGCCAUCUUCAAGCUCAUGAAGGACAACAAGGAGACGUUUGGGGAGAUGACAGACGGCGACGUGCAGGAGCAGCUCCGGCUGUACGACAUGUAGGCUGCCUCCGCCCGCGAGGCCCCGUCCCCGACUUGCCGGCUGCGGCAGGCUCGCUCGCUCGCUCUCACGUCUGUAGCUGUAGAGGCGCUACACACAGGCCACGUGGUUCCCAAAACUUAGGCAUGGUUUUCCAGCAAUCGGGAUUAUUGUCUUCGGAGUCAGACAUUUUUUUUUUUUUUUUCUAAGAGAAUGCUCCCCUACGGCUUACGUCCGUGCAGUCACAGAAGCUUCCAGAAAGCCUUCUGAGGCAGAAUGAGAGCGCAGGGUUGUUAGACUGGACACUCGGGCAGCAGGACCUGUUACCCGUCUUCCCCCAGCGCCCCUGAAUCCUUCCCACACCCAUGUGCCCAAGGGGCCGUGGUGGGGGGACUCUGAACGUCCUUUUAGCAAAAACUCGAACUCGACCCUCACCUUCCACACUGGAGCAGAUCGGUGUUAUCAGAGUUGGGACCCUCGGAGAGCUUCCCCCGCGGACGCGUGAGACUUACUUCACAUAUAGGCUCAUCUGAGUGCUUAUAACGCACCCAGGGCCACGCUAGCUACUAGAGGUAGAAGAAAUCACACAUGCAACACGGGGCCUCCCUUUAAGGAGACGAAAGUCCUUCAGAGAAGCGAGGCACGUGUGCAGGGAGAGAGCAGGUCCCCAGACAGCAUUGAGUAAAACACCAGAAUGACCUCACGGGACAGCGCACGGGACACAUCAGGAGGUCAGUAAAUCUCUGGGAGUCCACGAACUUGCGAGGACACGGAUAACGGCGGGGCUCCUGCCUGCUGCACGGGCCCUGUUUCUGUUCGCCCCACGGGCAGGAAAAUUCCUAGCCAACCGAGCUGGAGAGGGUCUGCCCCAGAGAGAGCCCAUGACGGUCUUAGAAAUAUUUUGUAUUUGCCGAAAUAAAGCUACGUCAACACAGUGAA